AUGGCGCAUGAAUCGCAACCAUAUGAUAUAAGAACACAACCACCACCAUAUCAAUCAAGUGAUGCAACAAAUUUUAGAAUGCCAUAUCAGCAACAACAACCACCACCACCACCAAACUAUGGUGUACCACCCCCUAUACCCGUAUAUACUCAAACGACAACAAUUGUUCGACCUUGGGGAAUAAUGUUAGGUCAUUAUCCUCAACCACUACAAUGUCCAUCAUGCCAUCAACAAAUUGUAACAAGAGUUGACUAUGAACCUGGUGGUGGUACAUGGCUCAUUUCAUUGCUUAUUUGUGUGUUUGGUGGUUUUCUUGGCUGUUGUCUCAUUCCUUUCUGUGUUCCAGCAUGUCAAGAUGCUGUACAUAUAUGUCCAUUAUGUAAUACACAAAUUGGUCGACGAAAUGUUUUUUAG